UACUUCCUGUGUACAAAGUAAAGCCGCUACGAGUUUGCAGAGAGUGGACGUGCACUGCUCCACAGAGGAAUCAAACCACACACAGACCAGUCUCCACAUCUGUCCUGCACAUCUGUGAGAAGCUGCCUCUAUGAUAUACAGUAUCACUCAGGAGUUGGGUCAGAAACAAAAGCACGCCUUUCUAAAUGCAUCCAGCUGGAGACCAGUGGAGACAUGAAUAACCCGAGUCACAAGGACAGAGAUGAUUCGUGCCACAUUUCCACAAUGCCCCCUGGGUGGAUCAGGGAGGUGAGGCAGAGGAGAGCAGGCAAGACAGCAGGGAAACUGGACGUCUACAUAAUAAGUCCCCAUGGGCAGAAGUUUCGGUCAAAGCCAACCCUUCGUGCUUUCCUCCUACAAAAUGAAGACGGGAACUUGGACAUCAAUCUCUUUGAUUUCACCACAUCCAAAGGUGAUGUCGUCACAACUUCACAAAUAAUAUUCCCCACCCAAAUUAAACAGAGGGGGAGAAAGAAAAAACAGAAGGAAACAACGCAAGAGGCAGUGGAAAUUCUCAAUCCACCUCCAAAUAAAUCCAAAAGAGACACUUCCCCCUGCAGAAGUACGAAAGAAGAAAAUGUAUGUGGAGAUAACAUCAACCAUAUUAAUACCGACAUUUUAACAGAAGCGUGUCGAAAUGAAACUGAUGAGACUGUGGAGUGCUGCAUCCAAGCUGCACCCUCAGUAAUAAUGGAUGAUGUGAUUAUGCAGGGGAGUCCUCAGAGAGUCGGGCUGAGAGAGAAGCUACUCCGACUGGCUCCAUCUAGCAAACAGAAAAUCACUACAAGUGUUCAUGUGGACCAACAGGCAGACUCGCAGCCUUCUGUCCCAACACUGAAUGUUGAACCUGCCACUGUGAGCAAGAGUGAGGAGGAACAAGGUGGAGAGGAGAUGCAGAUUCACAGCAAAGGCGAGACAAAGUCUAAUUCUGAACUAGAGACUGACGCUGACAGUCAUCAGGAUGUUAAAGAGGAGGUGUUGUUCCCUGACAGAGAAGUCAGCUCUACACCAGUGAGAGAUUCCCAGAAUAAGUCUAAAAGCUCAAAAGACAAGCGGAAAACAAGCCCUUAUUUCAGCAGAAAAUCCUUGAAAGAUGGACUCAGUCCUCCCAGGCGGAAGGCCUUUAAGAAAUGGACACCCCCUCGUUCUCCAUUUAACCUCGUUCAGGAAACUCUUUUCCAUGAUCCCUGGAAGCUCCUGGUUGCCACCAUCUUUCUAAACAAGACCAGUGGCAAGAUGGCAAUUCCAGCGCUGUGGCAGUUCUUUGAGCGUUACCCAUCAGCAGAGGUGACCCGGGAGGCCGACUGGAAGCCUAUUGCUGAACUUAUCAAGCCACUCGGCCUCUAUGAGCUUAGAGCCAAAACACUCAUCCGCUUCUCAGAUGAAUAUCUAACUAAACAGUGGCGUUACCCCAUCGAGCUGCACGGUAUAGGAAAGUACGGCAAUGAUUCCUACAGGAUUUUCUGUGUGGGAGAGUGGAGACAGGUGACGCCUGAAGAUCACAUGUUAAACAAAUAUCACGCCUGGCUGUGGGAGAACCAUGAAACUCUUGGAAUCUGAAGCACAAUGAACAAAGAAUUGAAAGGAAGAUUUGACAUAAGAAAAUCACACAAAUCUGAAGUAUCUAAGUAGUAUUAUGAUGACCAUGUUUAUGCUCAGGUUUAUGUCAUUUUAUACUAUAGAAAUGUCUGUGUUAGCC